AUGAAAGAGAGUCUCUAUGUCGACAAUGUCAUUUCAGGUUGUGAUCAAGAACUGGAAGCUCUAGCCUACUACAAAGAAGCACAAUCUAUCUUGAAUGAAGCCCACUUCAACCUUCGCUCUUGGUCUUUAAAUAGCUCGUCACUCAGAGAUCAAGCUGCAAAGGAUGGAACUGCUAAUACAAAUGAAACUCUACAUUCUGGAGUCAAUGCCACUGUAACUGCACUUCGUCAGACCUUUUGGAUUACAUGCAUUUGUCAGCAUGUAAGAAAACAACUCAAACACUGUGUUACAUGCCGAAAGCUCGAGGGGACAGCCUAUAGAGCCCCAGAUCCUGCUCCUCUACCCAAGAUAAGAGUUCAAGAAGCACCCCCCUUUGCAGUAACGGGAGUAGAUUUUACAGGACCCCUUUACGUGAAACCCGACAACGGUGAAACCAAGAACUACAUUUGUCUAUUCACCUGUGCUGUUACAAGAGCCAUUCAUUUGGAAGUUGUCACAGACUUAACAGAGAGCAGCUUCAUUCAAGCGUUCCGCAGAUUCUCAAUCCGUAAAUCCUUACCAGUGGGUGGAUUCUGGGAACGGCUGAUUGGAUUGACAAAGAAAGCUGUCAGGAAGACACUUGGUAGAGCAUCGGUUACUUUUGUCGAACUGCAGACCCCUGUUGUAGAAAUAAAAGCAACUCUGAAUGACCGACCAAUCACCUACGUCUCAAGCCACAUAGGUGACGAGGAACCAUUGACUCCCUCUCAUCUACUCUAUGGAAGAAGGAUUACCUCCCUACCCUUUGAUUAUGGUAUUACGAGUGAAGAUCUGACGGACCCUGGCCAUAUGCUUGGCAAUGGCUCUGACAUGAGACGCCGAGCAAAAAUGCAAGGACUCAUCCUCCAACGCUUUUGGAACAGGUGGAGGCAUGAGUAUCUUACUUCACUCCACGAAUUUCAUAGCACAACUGGAACUAACAACCAGUCUAUCAAGAAGGGAGAGGUUGUACUGGUCCAUGAUGACACUCAUCGUUUAACUUGGAAGUUAGCUGUCAUAGACAGUCUAAUCGAAGGAGCAGAUGGGCUGGUUCGAGCCGCGAACAUCCGAACAAACACGGAAUGCACAAACCAUCCAAUUGCAAACCUCUAUCACCUGGAGAUAUCAGCAGACGUGGAAAACCAGGAUGGACCAAGCAGAGACAACACCAAUGGGCUAGCCACUAACAACUCAAAUAGAAGAAGAGCCCCAACUUCCAAUGCUUUAAGUAAGAUCUCGGUGUGGAAAAACAGUCUCCGCGGCCUCCCGGAGGAUUUCGAAGAGACUUUAGAGUAG